GCCGCCGCCGCCGUCCCUGAGAGGCGGAGGGAAUUUGGACCCGGUGCUGCAACAGCAACCGCCCCCCGGGGUGGUGUAGGAGCCCGGGGUUUGCACCGUGUGCAUCGCCGUCCCUGGGCGGAGAAGGCGAUCCGGACCUUUGCUGCAGCAGGAGGAGGUGAAAGCUUGCUGGGGUGGUACCCCCGCCUCCCCCGUAGGGUAAGGACCAUGCUGUGCUCGAUGCAACUCCCCUGCUCUCCUCUCCGCUGAGCCUGGCCGUGUUGGGGCGAUGAUGGAUACUUGCCUGCUUGUUCUCACUUCUCACGAAAGUAAGCCUGCUGUAAAUGGAGGAGGACAUUGAUACCCGCAAGAUAAACAACAGUUUCCUGCGCGACCACAGCUAUGCAACAGAAGCUGACAUUAUCUCUACAGUAGAAUUCAACCACACAGGAGAAUUACUAGCGACAGGGGACAAGGGGGGUCGGGUUGUAAUAUUUCAACGUGAGCAGGAGAGUAAAAAUCAGCCCCAUCGUAGGGGAGAAUACAAUGUUUACAGCACGUUCCAGAGCCAUGAACCCGAGUUCGAUUACCUGAAGAGUUUAGAGAUAGAGGAGAAGAUCAAUAAAAUACGAUGGCUCCCGCAGCAAAAUGCAGCCUACUUCCUUCUCUCCACCAAUGAUAAAACUGUGAAGCUAUGGAAAGUUAGUGAACGAGAUAAAAGACCAGAGGGCUAUAAUCUUAAAGAUGAAGAUGGCCGCCUCCGAGACCCCUCCAUGAUUACAAUGCUACGGGUCCCUGUACUAAGGCCCAUGGAUCUAAUGGUGGAGGCCACACCCCGAAGAGUAUUUGCCAAUGCGCACACAUAUCACAUCAACUCCAUAUCCGUAAACAGUGACUAUGAAACCUACAUGUCAGCUGACGACCUGAGGAUAAACUUAUGGAACUUUGAAAUAACCAAUCAAAGUUUUAAUAUCGUAGAUAUAAAGCCAGCCAACAUGGAGGAGCUAACGGAGGUGAUCACUGCGGCAGAAUUCCAUCCACACCACUGCAACACCUUUGUGUACAGUAGCAGCAAAGGGACAAUAAGGCUAUGUGACAUGCGGGCAUCUGCCCUUUGUGACAGACACUCCAAAUUUUUUGAAGAGCCUGAAGACCCAAGUAACAGAUCAUUUUUUUCUGAGAUCAUCUCCUCAAUUUCUGAUGUUAAAUUCAGUCACAGUGGAAGGUAUAUCAUGACCAGGGACUAUCUCACCGUCAAAGUAUGGGACCUGAACAUGGAGAACAGGCCUAUUGAGACAUAUCAGGUACACGAUUACCUCCGAAGCAAGCUGUGCUCGCUCUAUGAGAAUGACUGCAUCUUCGAUAAAUUUGAAUGUGUGUGGAAUGGGUCUGACAGUGUCAUAAUGACCGGCUCCUACAACAAUUUCUUCAGAAUGUUUGACCGCAACACCAAGCGUGACGUAACCCUGGAGGCCUCUAGGGAAAACAGCAAACCCCGGGCCAUACUCAAGCCCCGCAAAGUGUGCGUUGGGGGCAAACGGAGGAAAGACGAAAUUAGCGUGGACAGUCUGGACUUCAGCAAAAAGAUCUUGCAUACAGCUUGGCAUCCUUCAGAAAAUAUCAUUGCAGUGGCCGCAACAAAUAACCUGUAUAUAUUCCAGGACAAGGUUAACUAGGAGGACAAGUUAUUCUUUAGGAAUCUCAUGUACAGAAUAUUAGUAAACACAAGUUUUAAAAUGUUUCUUUUCUUUUCCCUCUUCCCUGUUCAUUUGUUUAAUUAUUCCUCUGCAGAUACUGUGUAGAGGCAUGCAAACAGAUUCCAAUAUCCCCUACCUCCCACUCACCUUAAAGCAACGGGUUGGCAAACCCAGUAGGUACUGGUAUCAUGGUUUGUUUAUUUUUUUUUUUAAAGAGUUGAGAGCUAACAGAUGUAAUGAUCCCUUCAAUAGCUGGCUUGGAUUUCUGAUGCUUUUAUUACAUCCAGUACUCUUUGGUGGUUCCUAGUGUUGUUUGGUUCUAGACGUCUGCUGGUUUAAAUUGAGGUUAAUACUGUAGUAUGGUAUUUAAAAAUUCAAUUAAGGUCAGAAAAGAAGGUGUGUGUAUGUGUGUGUUGUUUCUAAUUAAGCAAUCCCAGAGUUCUUUUAGUAUCAUUUGAAAUAAUCCACUUGCAGAAUGAUGUUGCCCUUGCCAAUGUUUUUUUUUAAUUUGCCUUUUUUCUCCUGCAUUUCUUCCCUCCCCCCCGCCCCCCAGUGGAGAUAGCGAAACCAAACAUAAAAUGGAAAGAUCAGAUUUGCAGUGGACAGGUUUAAAAUCGGGGAGGAGGGGAAGGGGAGGUAGGAGGGAAAGUUCAACUUUACACUCUAAUCAAGGCUGCUGCCUUCCUCCUUCGCAUCCCACAGAAACUCUUAAGGAUUUGGCUCUGUAGAUACUGUGGUGCCUUUUUUUGGUAUAUGACAUACCUUUAUAAAUAAUGCUUCCAAAAUGCAUCUAUUGCAAACCAAAAUGAAUCUGGGCUUUUCGUCUGCAUUUCCUGUGUUUUGCUUUGGUCAUUUUUAAUUGUUCUGUUUUAAUCUCUUUCAUGUUAUGACUGAGUCUCGCUCUUCCUUUUUUAAAAAAAAAUAUUUAUUUAUUUAUAUUUGAAUGACACAAUCUAAGUUACUAAUUUAUGACAUUGUGGAAAAAAAAAAUACCACCACCACCACCACCACAUACUGCUGUCUGCACCUGACCGCUUUGAAGAGAGGGUAUCCAUGGUUCUGUGGUAUAAUAGUAAUAAAUAAGAGCUCCUCCUCUUGGCAAGGCUGCCCCUAAGGAUUACUCAGGUCCCUUCUUUAUCUGAGCAAUUGUACAAUAUAAAACUGAAAUUUUAUUCAAUCUGUAGUCUACAAUCUAUAGUCUACACCAUGGCUACAUGGUGGUCAAUGUGCUGUGCAUUCUUGCAGCUUGUGAACCCUGGGCAAAAGAGACAACAGCUGUGAUUGUUGAAGUGAAAUUUACUAGAUAUUUUUUUUUAAAGGCAAAGCAUACUCUUUAAAGCCUCUUUUGUAAGGCAUGAGUUGGAUUUCCAGCAUGUCCUGCAAGACUUACCGAGUCCUAUACCUUACAAGAAAGACUGACUGCCACUUACUCAAGGGACAUAAAUACCAUAAGGAAAUUACACAAACUGCACAGCUACUGGGGACCUUCACUUAAUAUCUCUGGGGCAGGAGGAAGUCACUGUUGAAGUACUUGGAACCAAGCUUCUAAUUAUUAUUUAACUACUUAAUACCCUGUCAGCUGUUCAUGAGACUGCUCAGGACAGGAACAGAUAAGUUUGCCUUGUUUAAAGGAAUGAUUACAAGGGAAAAAAUUAUGCUGGCUUAUAAAUUUAUUACAAAAAAUUGCUUUCAGGAGUAACCUGUUUUUUAAAAUGAAAUGAUUAAAAAAUAGCAAAAGUAAACGUCUUUUUUUUUUUUUUUUUAAUUUCCUGUAAAGAGAGCCUGCACUCUGGCAUCAGAAGUAAAAUUGUCUCAAAUGUGUAUUGGUGUGGUUUCACUGAUUGAUGUGGUUUCUAAAUGCUGCAUGAGCUUAAACUUUUAAUGCCAGGAUUGUUCCUGGGGAGACUCAAAAUCAGCUGUCUGUCAGUCUCUGAUCAUGCUGUUGGAAGUGCUGCUAGGCAUGUCAGAGAGACCUAAUAAAUCCUCCUGUCUUAGUGAAUGUGUGGGUAAUUUGGGUGGCAGGGUGGCUCAGAGAGUGGUAGUGGGAAAUAGAGCCUUUCACCUCCAGUUUGCUGGUUGGUCUCUAUCCCAGGUCAGUACAGGCUUGAUCCUGCCAGUGGCACAAGGGGUUGUGCUACUGCAUGGAUGGGAUCCACAACAGUGCUGAGCAGUGUGGUGAUCCUGUUGCAUCCAGUGCAAAGAGCUUAGCUAAUGUGGCAGCCAUAUAGCAGAGGUGAGCUCAGAGAGGGCAGAAAGGAUGUGGUGAUGGGUGGAGUCAAGGCAUGGCACCACAACUCCAAUGGAAGUGCAUUCAUCAAAAAGAUGCCCCCCCCACUAUCACCAAAUUCCCUUAUGCCUAUUGGCUGCAAGUAGAGGGGUAGGCAGGGCAGCUGCACCACAAUCCAGUGGUGCUAAAUAUGGCAGCUGUGCUUAGCUUGCUCCCUCUAGGAUCCAGGGAAUCCUAAACCAAGAUGGCAUAUCAGGGGGGAAAGCCUUCCCUUACCGUCUAAUCACACCUGUAGGCUUCAAGACCAGCCAGGGAAUGAGGCGAACACUGAAAAACAAACCAUCCUCAAGAAGAUUUGACAGAACAACUUGAUCAUAUCAAGCUCCCUGUGAGUCUGCUUCUGCCUUGGCAUUAUUGCCAUUAACCUUUAGUAAGCACCCAAGCACGUGGCUCCGUCUGAGGUUUCUAAAACCCCUGGAAACAUGUAUAACCGCACUUUCAAAAGGGUCUGCUAAUGACAGGGGCCUGUUUCACCAAUGUGCUGCAGUACCCAUUGAAAUCAAUGGUAGUUGCUCAUAUGGAGUGAGAAAAGAAUUGGACCCAAGAAUUUUAUAUUGUUCCUAUUCUCUCUUGUGCGCGCGCGCACGCGCACACACACACCUACCUUUGUGAUGAAGUUCCACAGCCAUGACAGACAUGCCAUAGGACUUAUCAAGGUUUCUCCCUGUGAAGGAAAAGAAACUAUGCUCAUGGCUCUCUGUGAGGAUCAGUACAGCCCCGGCGUAACUGGUGAAUGGCAAUUUUUAGAGAAGUCCUAAAGUACAGGUCAAUGGAGACUGGCGACUUCAGAAAAGGCACAGGUGAAAAUGACGAAUGAGCACAUGCUACUGUAAAGAGGUUCAGAGCAUGUAACCAGGCAAUGUCUGUCAUGCCCGCCCUGAGCAGCCCCUACCACUACACCUAUAAAUACAAUGGGAACACGGUGAAAUGGACAGCUUUCUGGUUUGUUUUCCUGCACUACUUGUUAACAGCUGAAUUCACCUCUCAUGUUCUCUAGUGCAGCAAACGUUUCCCUAGUUAUAUGGGCAUUUCUCUGGGCAUUGUUGUUGUUUAUGGCCAUUUACAGAAACCAAGAUCAAUGCACAAAACUAUUGGCCUGACCCUGAGAUGUGCUGAGUACCAGCAACUCUACAAUGGGAGAUACUGAUACUUGGCCUGCAAAAGGCCAUAAAACAACCAGUGAAGGAUUUGCACUCUGCUUUAUUUUAUUUAGCCCUUGAUGCUCCAAUGUGAAGAGCCAUCCAGCUUGAUUUUUGAAUGCUUGCUGUAACCAGAGAAGAGGUGGCAGGAUGUUCUAGAGGUGUAUUAAGGGACGCUAACCAAGAUUUUAUAGCGGUGUUGGUUAAUACAGCGUGUGAGAGACUUGCCUGAUGCAUUAUGGUCUGGUUAAGACUAUUGGAAUACCACAAAGCAUGCACAAGGGAUGACAGCUUACAAUCAAUAUUGUGCUCGCUGAUGCAGGAAGCAACAUCAUCGCAUCCUAGCGGUUACCCCUACAGCCCAGCCUCAGCACUAAAUAUCUCUAAUAACAAGGCUAUAUGAAGUGACAAGGGCUAUUAUUCUUAACCUUGCAGCCUACCCUCUCUGAACAAUAGAGCUGCCAAAAUCUUCCAUUGGAUUUUAUUAGGGAGAGAUGAUUCAGACCCCAUCAUAAUCCCAUCACAGGAGUUAGACAAGUACUUAAUACAGCAAGAUAAGAAGGAAAACGAUUGGCAUUCCCCUUUAUUCAGGGCUCCGUAAAGCAUGAGUCAUUGCAGCUUGAUUGAUGGGAGGUGAAAUGCAUUUUUAUGGUAUUUAUAAUAGUGUUUUAAGGGAUGAAACUUGAAUUUUAUUGUAUUGAAGACACUUAUUCUAAUAAAUAAACCUAGUUCUCCCA